CGUCACUCUCUUGUCUUCAGGUUCCAGUCUACAGAGCCAAAACGAAGGGACUACGAAAGCAGGCCAGAGGAAUCGAAGACAACACACCAUCUUCAGGCAUCAAUUCUCUCUUUGAGCUGAAUCCGCUUGCGGAAACCAUCGUUUCAAUAAUCCCUGAUUUACUCUCCCCGCCACGGUUUUGCUGGAGAAGAUCUUCGGCUUCCCUGAGGUUUUAGGGUUUUUGUCUCGAGCUCAACAAUGCACAAAUUGGGAAGAGGCCACCGUGAUAAACUCCAGCAGUUCAUGACCAUAACUGGAGCUAGUGAGAAAGUGGCUCUUCAGGCUUUGAAAGCUAGUGAAUGGCAUCUUGAAGGAGCUUUUGAUGUGUUUUACAGCCAGCCCCAGCUUAAAACAGUUGCUGAUUCCAGACACUUGGAGAAGCUUUACAAUAGAUAUAAAGAUCCAUAUGUUGACAUGAUAUUGGCCGAUGGAAUCACUCUUCUUUGCAAUGACCUCCAGGUGGAUCCUCAAGAUAUAGUGAUGUUAGUUCUUUCAUGGCACAUGAAGGCUGGCACCAUGUGUGAAUUUUCCAAGCAGGAGUUUAUUGGUGGUUUACAAUCUCUCGGGAUAGAUUCCUUGGAGAAGUUUCGUGAAAGGAUACCAUAUAUGCGAUCUGAGCUGAAGGAUGAACAGAAGUUCCGUGAGAUAUAUAACUUCUCUUUUGGCUGGGCGAAAGAGAAGGGUCAGAAAUCUCUGGCUUUGGAUACAGCUAUUGGAAUGUGGCAACUAUUGUUUGCGGAAAAGCAGUGGCCAUUGGUUGAUCACUGGUGCCAGUUCUUACAGGCUCGUCAUAACAAAGCAAUCUCUAGGGACACAUGGUCUCAGCUGUUGGAAUUUGCUAGGACUGUCGACGAAAAUUUAUCUAAUUAUGAUGCUGAAGGUGCUUGGCCAUAUCUUAUUGACGAUUUUGUUGAGUAUCUGCAUGAGAACGGCAUCAUCCAAAAAGGUGAGGAAGCUGAUAGUAGUCUGAAACUAUGAUGCAUGUUCUGAGGUGUCCAUUGAAGAGUGUAUGUAUAUGCUCUGGCUUCUGGGUGUGAUAUGAGUUGUACACUCCUGUGGUUGAAAAUCUAUUUGUCUUUAAGGAGAAUUUAUCCAAUCCAAGAAGGAAAAGGGGUUGUGGCAUCUAGCUUGAACUCAUUGUUGCUGACAAUUAGUAAUAACACCAUUUUCUUCAGAUUGAUGAUAUAAUUUUGUGAAUUUUCUUAAAUUGUGUUAUCAAGCAUGUAAGCCUACUGAUCUUCUGGAUUUUUUUUAAUCUUUUCCAUUUUAAUUAA